GGGGAAAGGCGGACGGCGGCGCCGGCGGCCCCGAGGCGGCCCGGGCGGGCGGAGCCGUGCCCGGCGCUAGGACCCAGCAGGACGCGAGGCGGCUCUUCGGGCCGGAUCACAAAUUCGUCGUGACUCAGUCUCUGCUCAGCGCGGAGGCAGCGGGAGCAGACAGCCAAGAUGGAGUACGAGUGGAAGCCCGACGAGCAGGGGCUCCAGCAGAUCCUGCAACUGCUCAAGGAGUCCCAGUCCCCGGACACCACCACGCAGAGAGCCGUGCAACAAAAACUAGAACAACUCAAUCAGUAUCCAGAUUUCAACAACUACCUGAUUUUUGUUCUCACAAAGUUGAAGUCUGAAGAUGAGCCAACACGUUCCUUGAGUGGUCUUAUCUUGAAGAAUAAUGUAAAAGCACAUUUUCACAACUUUCCAAAUGGCGUGACUGACUUCAUUAAAAGUGAAUGUCUGAACAACAUUGGUGAUUCCUCCCCCUUAAUUAGAGCUACUGUAGGCAUUCUGAUAACAACCAUUGCCUCAAAAGGGGAGUUACAGAAUUGGCCUGAACUCUUGCCAAAGCUUUGCAGCCUGUUGGAUUCUGAAGAUUACAAUACCUGUGAGGGCGCUUUUGGUGCUCUUCAGAAGAUUUGUGAAGAUUCCGCUGAAAUUUUAGAUAGUGAUGUUUUGGACCGGCCACUCAAUAUCAUGAUACCUAAGUUCUUGCAGUUCUUCAAGCACAGCAGCCCAAAAAUACGGUCUCAUGCAGUGGCAUGUGUCAAUCAAUUUAUCAUCAGCAGAACUCAAGCUCUUAUGUUGCACAUAGAUUCUUUUAUUGAGAAUCUUUUUGCACUGGCUGGUGAUGAGGAGCCUGAAGUACGCAAAAAUGUUUGCCGUGCUCUUGUAAUGUUGCUGGAAGUUCGAAUGGAUCGCCUCCUUCCUCAUAUGAUUAGUAUAGUUGAGUACAUGCUUCAAAGGACCCAGGACCAAGAUGAAAAUGUGGCACUGGAGGCAUGUGAAUUUUGGUUGACUUUGGCUGAACAGCCAAUUUGUAAAGAGGUAUUAUGUCGGCAUCUUACUAAGCUGAUACCUGUGCUGGUAAAUGGUAUGAAAUAUUCAGAGAUUGAUAUUAUUCUUUUGAAGGGGGAUGUUGAAGAAGAUGAAGCCAUUCCCGAUAGUGAGCAGGAUAUAAGGCCUCGUUUCCAUCGUUCGAAGACGGUGGCUCAGCAACAUGAAGAAGAUGGUAUUGAAGAUGAUGACGAUGAAGAUGAUGAACUUGAUGAUGAUGAUACUAUUUCUGACUGGAAUUUAAGGAAAUGUUCUGCUGCUGCUCUAGAUGUCCUAGCUAAUGUAUUUCGUGAUGAACUUCUACCACACAUCUUGCCACUGUUAAAGGAAUUGCUCUUCCACCCCGAGUGGGUAGUUAAAGAAUCUGGUAUCCUUGUUCUUGGUGCAAUUGCUGAAGGCUGCAUGCAGGGUAUGAUUCCAUAUCUUCCAGAGCUAAUCCCUCACCUUAUUCAGUGCCUCUCUGACAAAAAGGCUCUUGUGCGCUCCAUUACAUGCUGGACUCUUAGUCGCUAUGCACACUGGGUAGUUAGUCAACCCCCAGACACAUACUUGAAGCCAUUAAUGACUGAGUUGCUAAAGCGUAUCUUGGAUAGCAACAAGAGAGUACAAGAAGCUGCCUGCAGUGCCUUUGCUACUCUAGAAGAGGAGGCUUGUACAGAGCUUGUUCCUUAUCUUGCAUAUAUACUUGACACUUUGGUCUUCGCAUUUAGUAAAUACCAGCAUAAAAACCUGCUCAUUCUUUAUGAUGCCAUAGGAACUCUAGCAGAUUCUGUAGGACAUCAUCUAAAUAAACCUGAAUAUAUUCAGAUGCUAAUGCCUCCAUUAAUCCAGAAGUGGAACAUGCUGAAGGAUGAAGAUAAAGAUCUCUUCCCUUUAUUAGAGUGCCUGUCGUCAGUUGCUACUGCCUUGCAAUCUGGCUUUCUUCCAUACUGUGAACCUGUGUACCAGCGCUGUGUAAAUCUGGUGCAGAAGACACUUGCACAAGCCAUGUUGCAUAAUGCUCAGCCAGAUCAAUAUGAGGCUCCAGAUAAAGAUUUCAUGAUUGUGGCUCUUGAUUUACUCAGUGGUUUAGCUGAAGGACUUGGAGGCAACAUUGAACAGCUAGUGGCUCGCAGCAAUAUCCUGACACUAAUGUAUCAAUGCAUGCAGGACAAAAUGCCUGAGGUACGGCAGAGUUCUUUUGCGUUGUUAGGUGACCUGACAAAGGCAUGUUUUCAGCAUGUUAAACCUUGCAUCGCUGAUUUCAUGCCCAUUUUGGGAACAAACUUAAACCCUGAAUUCAUUUCUGUGUGUAACAAUGCCACCUGGGCUAUUGGAGAAAUCUCCAUCCAAAUGGCAAUAACAAUUGGUCGUCUUGGUUACGUUUGUCCUCAAGAGGUGGCCCCCAUGCUACAGCAGUUUAUAAGACCCUGGUGCACCUCUCUACGAAAUAUAAGAGACAAUGAGGAAAAGGAUUCAGCGUUCCGUGGGAUAUGUACCAUGAUUACGGUCAACCCCAGUGGAGUAGUCCAAGACUUUAUUUUUUUUUGUGAUGCUGUUGCAUCAUGGAUUAGCCCAAAAGAUGAUCUUCGAGACAUGUUCUGUAAGAUUCUUCAUGGAUUUAAAAAUCAAGUUGGGGAUGAGAAUUGGAGGCGUUUCUCUGACCAGUUUCCUCUUCCCUUAAAAGAGCGCCUUGCAGCUUACUAUGGAGUUUAACCUCAUGCACUGUAGCUGCAGUCCCAUAAUUAGAGGUCCUUCUGUCUGGGAGACUAUGAGGGAGCCUCUGCACCCAGGGAAAAUGUUACCCUUUACUGGGGGGAAGGGUAAACCAGUAGGGAAUACAGUACAAUCCCAACCCUACUGGGAGGGGCGGGAGGGAGGUGUUGCCGUCACUGUAUUAAGUCGAUGUUGGGAAAUGUUUUAACAUCUGGAGCCUUUGUGGGUGGAAAUCUGUCUCCUAUUACACCUCUGCACUGGAUGUGAAGAAGAAAAAAAAAAGAAUCUAGUCACAAAACAGCACAUUCUGGAAUAUUAUGGGGAUUUGUACCAAAAUAAGAAACCAUAUAAUUGAACCAUAGGGAUACGUAAAGAGGAAAAAUAUUUUGCGCACAAUAAAGGAAACCUAAGAAUGGGGGUCACAAACAGUAAAAGGCUUUCUUUUUUGUUUUCUGUUUUUUUAAGUAAGGGUUUUCUACAUUAUUUCAUCCUGCUUGGUGGGAUUCCUAGAUAUUUGCAUGUUAAUGAAGAACUACACAAACGAAGUUAGUACAGUUAAAAUGCAGCUUGUGUCUGUAUUAGGAACAGGCACUUGCAGUGUACAGUAUAGAAACCCCAUCAUAAAAUAAUAAAGGUUAACUUGGACAAAAUGAAGCAACCUGCAAGCUGCCAACUAAGUCACUCCUUUCAUUUUGGGGUAAGGAGAGGUACACUGCACAGGAAAGAUUGACAUCUUAAUUUUUAUGCUAAGAAAAACAACCAAGGUAGUGGAUAUGAUUUUAUUAUUGUACUUUGUUAGUUUUGAUUUCUAGAGUAAGGCAUUAUUCCUAACUUGCAGUUUAAGGUUCAGGCAUGCGUUCUGGCUCAUAGUGAUCAGAAGUAAUAUUAAUUAGUGGGAAAGUAGCAUGC